CCCAUAAUCAGUACAUAUACCGUCGCUGAUGCUGAAAGCUAAGCUUUCAGUAUUUCACGUAACGGUUAUACACGGGCGGCGGUCCGACCAUGUUACUCCCAUCCCAUUUCGCCAUGAACUCGCACCGUCAGCUCGUCCAGUACGGCGACCUAGAACAAUCUCAACAAACCAAUGGCGCCAGCAGCUCAGCAGUAGCUUCUGAAUCUCGUUCACGUCAAUCACCUCCAUCCAAAAAACGCAAAAAGUCAAAUCAAAAAGCCAAACGUCCGAGAAAAACUGCCCACUGGGAUGAACCAGGAGACAACCAAAUGAACUACGACGACGCCAGUGCCCAUGGUGAGGAUGGUGAAGUUGAAGAGGGUGAGAGUCGGGAGCUCACACACGAAGAAAUAUGGGACGACUCUGCGCUCAUCGACGCCUGGAACUCUGCCACAGCAGAAUAUGAAGCAUUCCACGGGGAAACGCAAGACUGGAAAUCGACCGCUGUCAAGAAAUCCUCGCUAUGGUACAACAUCCCCUAUAAUAGUUCGAAGGCCAAAACACCUAAUUUAAUAAAAGCGGCAUCUGCAGAGGCCACCAGUCAUGCUGCAACAGCUGAGGACUCUGCCCCGCUUGAUUUCGACACGUUCGUCCCAUCAUAUGAUCCUUCGCUGCCAGUACCAUCUGAGGCUCCCGCGGCACCCGAGUCCUCGUUUUUCAUACCCGCACCUUCAACUACUAUGGUAAGCCGCGAUGAAGCUUUCAGCCGUGCGCUAAGUGCGAUGUAUUGGGGCGGAUACUGGACUGCAGUAUACCAUUGCCAAAAUCAGCAGCCCUCUCAGGAGGCUGUCGAGGAGCAAGAUCAUCAGGAAUAUGAAGAUGAUGAAGAAGAUCUUGAGGAUACUGAAGAUUUGGUACCUACUCAGCGGUAAUUGCCAAACAGUCAUUGGAAAGGUAUGCUACGGAAAUGAAGGUGAGGACCCAAAGUUAUGGAUCAUUCACUGCUCAUCUGUGUGCUACCUGAGGCUGUAGUAUAUUAAUGAGCAAUUCAACGACAUCAUCGGAACGAGUAAA